AUACACUUCUAACAGGAAGCGAGUUUUAAUACUAUGACUAAGCCUGAAAAGCACUUCCUUUUUGUGAAAAGCGAAUUUAGAAGAUAAAACAAACUCCACGACAUCUAACAUAGCGCUGAAGUUUUAAUUACACUUAAAAGACGGGUGGAUGCAUUGAUUAGAAGAUUAAAAGGCAUAUCACUGCGAAAAUUUGAGGAAAUAACACAGCCGAACUGAAACCACCCCAUGCGCGCAAUCAAGCUUACACGACCUCAUCAAGUCUUGUUAAACUUAUUGCUACCCUCAGAUAAGUUUCAAUCUGAUUAAUGAAGCCUUCUUACACAAUGCUUUGCAUUGCGUGUUCUCGAUACAUAACCAAAUACUCUUUCGGUUACUCUGACUUUGUUUCUGCCUUUUCAAAAGGGGGGCUUGCUCUUUUGACCAGAUUAACUUCAAACUUAACAGAAGACAGCUAGCUUAUGUUUAUGGAAAAGAUCUCUUUUCAUGUCGCACCCUUUUGCGGCUUUGUUUGCCAGUGUUUACGGAUAAAGUUUUUAUUUUUGAGUUUAUGUUCACCUGCUGGCUCCAACGCAUACACUGAAAUGAUCACCGCUUAAGUUCUACGGCGCAGGUGUCCUGCGCCACGACAAUGCCUGGCCAAUGAGGGGUGGGUUUCGACAAUAGGAUCUUUCAUCUCAUUAGUUAAAGAGGUGACAAGAAUCUCUAUUGCAGCCAAUCGCGUGCGUUGUUGCGUUUUUCUUUGGCAACGGAGCCUUAUGGCCCAGUAUAUAUAAAACAGUAUCAAAUCUAAAUUCCAACUUGUAUAACGAUACGAUAUUUUACAACACAAGCAACUUGGUCUACACGGGAUAUAUAUCUAUAUAUAUAACCAGGCGAUAUUUUUUCAGUCGCGCGACAGACAAACAGUUAUAAGCUGAGCUAAGAGUCCGAUAUGAGUUAUUCGCAAGGUGGCACGAGCUUAACUACCGCCAGCACCGCGGCUUCUAGCGACCGCAGCAGCCCGAACAGCAAAGCAGCCGCCGAGAAAAAGCGCACACCGAAAUGCGCGCGAUGCCGUAAUCAUGGGUUUGAUUCUAUUUUAAAGGGCCACAAAGGGUUCUGCCGAUGGAGGGAUUGUCUGUGUCCCAAAUGCCUUCUUAUUGCUGAGAGACAGCGAGUUCUCGCGGCUCAGGUAGCUCUUCGUCGGCAGCAAAUGCAAGAACAGCGUAACCCACUUCCCCCAGGAGACGUGUUCACGGCCCUGACCAGAGUAAGCAGUAACGGCAAUCAGAGUCCGUCGCCUCGCAGCUCGUCGCCUGGUUCUACUGGCGCCGAACCAACAGAGAUAAAGAAAGAGGUUUCUUCCCCAGUGAGAGAAAGUUGCCCCGAGCCGAUCUCAGUCACGAAUUCGUUUACAGAUCACCACGGAAGCUUUAUUGGAAACUCACACAAGGAGCUACACGGAGAAUGCACUUGUUCGGCUUUUAGGCCGUUCGCUGGAGUUUUGCCUCAUCAUCUGCAAGGAUUAAAACGGAAACUUCCCAACGAAGUCGGCACAGAGGUUAGUCAUGGCGGAUUCAAUCCAGGACCACAUCUCGCAGACGCUCCCGAAAAGCGCCGCCGAUAUUCAACCGAAUUCGAACCGUCCGAAAAGUCACCCGUGCAUUUCGCGGGACAGAGGCGUCCUUCGGCUAUUGAACUUUUAAUACGCAUUUUCCCGAAGAUCAAAGUGAGCGUUUUGCAGCUGGUUCUUCACUCAUGUGCUGGCGAUUUGGGUCAAGCGAUAGAAGAGAUUUUGACACGUUACAAGAGCGACGCGGCUGGCAUGUUUAUGGGAGUACCCACUCCGUGGGCAAGACUUCCUCAAGAUGUCGUCAGGGACUUUCACCAUCCCGCCCUUCGCGCUGAAAGUUUCAAGUAUUCACGAGGGGCCGAGAGCUUUCUCGGCAGCCCAAAGUCUGCAUUUACCCCCAUCUCAACUCUUGCCAAAGCUCACUUCAUUAACACUUCGUCGAGCAGCGUUCCGUACGCUUUAGAGACAAACAGAAGCAAAGAGAAUUUUCCUAUUUCGUUCUUCUUCGACUCACGAAUUAAUUCUUCGCUAGUUCGGCCUCGAACGCCCGUUUUGAACAAACCAAAGGACACUGAAGAGAUCAGUGAUUCGAUCGAGGUUUUAAAGACGGGAGGUGAUUCACGAACAGUCAGCCCAAGAACAGAUAAAGAGAAGUAACUUUAUAUCGAAAUUCAGACUUCUACGUAGAAGGACGUCUAUGUUUAGAUAAGCACUAACGAACUGACAGUAGCUCUUCGAAAUUAUAAAUUGAAAUACUGAAUUUUCGUCCUUCGAACACAGAUACUAGCAAAAAUUAAAAGACCUCAGUUGAAGCUAUUAUUAAGACUGACAAUCACUCGUGUGAACUUAGGUAAAAACAUUGAAGAAUCAUUGAUGAAGGAACGAAUAAAUUUCAGCAGUCUUUCAUCUUUCAGCUUACGUUAAGAAAUAUAAUUGAUGAUAAAAUAUAUUUUAAGAAGGGAAAUUUGAAAUUCUACAUAAUUUUAUGCAUGUGUCAAAGAGAAAUCUGCUUUUAGUUCACAUCUGGUGUUCUAAGCACCACAAUAAAGGAUUUUUCUUGCUCAAAAACUAUAAAAUUAACUUAAGACUUACUCGCAAAGAUAUCGACUAUAGAUACGCCAAAAAUGUUUAUUUGACGAUGGAAUAUUGUCUCGCGAAAAAUAUAUAUAUAUAUAUUUCACGGUUUUCUUAAAAGCGCUCUAAAGCUUUGUAAAAUGUUUUGUGUACUUUUCGAAGAGCGAGGCAAUUGAAAAAUUGGAUAAAAAUUCGCUAGGUCUUAAGACGGCAGGUUUCAAAAGAAAUUAAUAAACACAACUGCAGGAUGAUCUCUGACAAACCCAUUGCAACCCGCAUCGCAAUGUGUUCGGAACAAACCUCUCCUGGUUUUACUGUGUAUUCAUAACGCGUUUAUUAUGCUGAUAAACCGGCCUCAUGGAAGUCAUUUGUUUUAACCAAUAAUUUCUGCACAACGAGUUACAAAUUAUUCUCCGAAGAAAUAAAUCCUCUAUAUGUAAAAAUUGUAAAGAAUAUUUAGAAAAACAGAAGGAAAGUACUUUUCACUUUCAAUAUAAUAAAAAACUCAUUUUGUCGAAUAAUAUAGUUUGUAUUUACUAAUCCCUACUGCUUUUCUCGGCUUGACAUCUGAAAACAACGCGAAAUUACUGAUGAGAACAUAAAAACCGCCUUGAAGCAAGCUUUACCUAAAAUCUUCAAAAUCAAAUGAUUCGAGAACGUUCAUUUGUGAAAACUAAACUUGAAAUUUGUGACACUCGCAUAGUACAAAUGAAUUGAAUUUUUGGUUGAAGUUAAAUAUUCAAAGUUCCUUUUCUUCUAGACUUCAAUGGGUUGUGUUGACAUAGACUUCAAAUUACACCAAUAUUAAUUUGGGCUAUACUACAUUGAAUAAAAUUCUGUCUGUUUUAUUAUUUUCUCUUACACUGACCCGAUAUUUUGACAUGAGCCGAAGUGAAAUAUACAUUCAUUGCCAGUGGGAUUUCAAACAAAACCAAACGAUUGCAAUUUAUUCAGUGCUCAAGAUCUGAGCUUAAUUUUAGCCAAGCGUUAACGAAGGGUUAAUAUGUGAAUAAGACCACAGAAAGCCUGGAGCAAAACUUCUCAUAAAUUAAUAAUUCGUCACCUAUUGUCUUCGCCAAACACGACCGACAAAAGAAUAUAAACUCAGUGCUCAAAAUGAAAGCAAAACAUCACAGAAAAAACAGAGACCUGUUCUUGUCAGGAAAUUAGACGUAAAACAUCAAUGGCAUAAACAAUAUAAAUAGAGGAGUAAUUUAAAAAUUUCGGGCAGGUGUCCUUGCUAGUGAUAGUGCCAAAAUCCGGCAGGCCUUAAAUCAGCUUAUAUUCACCUGGUCCAGUCAUUUUGCUCUUUAGUUGGUUUAUUUACAAACUUAAUGGUUCUCAAAUGGCUUAUUUCUUUCGCAUUAGGCCGUGCGUACGUCUCUGUAAUGACUUCAACGUGAAAAAGUGCUUAAAGUCGGCGCUUUGAUGUGGAAAUUCGAAACGAAGAGUUUGACGUUAUUGUAAUAAGACAAAUAUAUGUUCUACGGAGUUUUCGCUGCGAGAUUCAGUGAGUCUUUUGUGCGCCAGGCACUCUGUGUUUUGUUUAUUCGUCCAUUAAUCAUUCUGCUCUUUUCGGGGCGGUCACCAAAAUGCGUAUUAACCGGAAAAUAUAUCACUAACAAACUCCGAAGACGUUUACGCCCAGACGAAAAAAAACACCUCCAUUUAACGCCGUCGUUAAAUUCCAAGAUGAUCUUUUAAGAGGGAAAUACUUGCCUUAAUAUCUUAUGCAACAAAUAGAAAGGAGUUAUAAAUUUAGAUAUUCUUUUUAAUGACCACGCAAAAUUAACCUCGUAAAACUUUGUGGAAUGAAUAAAUUUGUCGUGUUUUCUGUAGCUUCUCAAUAGAAAAAUCCUAUAGAAUUUUGAACGUAAGAAAUUCCAAAUUGGAUUGUUUUAAAAAUAAUGCUUCUUGCCAGUAACAAAAUCGAGUAAUCUGUCAUACUAU